CUCUAUGAGCUUUAAAUGUGAUUAUAAGUAAUGCAACCAAACAUAUGACAGAAUCCUUUCCAACGCAACACUCAUUGAAUUUAAUUAAUAAUUAAAAGUUGUUUUUUAUUGACACAAACUUCUUGUCGAUUACCACUUCAUCGCAUCCAUCCAUUACAGCGACCGAUGGCCACCAAGACUGAGACGGUCAGCACUCCCGUAGCCGAUAUACUGUCAUCGGAGCCAAUGGAGGCCAAGACAGCUGAGGCCACAUCGUUGUUAAUCGACGAGCCAUCGGGUGAUUUGGACGGUCAGAUGAAAGUGCCGGCCGGUCAUAGAGUAUCCAGAAGUGGUCUGCCAUUCAAUAAGUUAUCGCCAAAAGAGAUGUCAGAACUGCUUUGGUCGCGACUGCAGAGUUGGGGCUCUUUUAUUGAUACGAAUCGCAUGAAGACUCCCAACUCGACUGUCCAGUGGUCGCGCCGUUUGGUCCGCAAUAUCGAGCACUUUCAGAGCAACUAUUUGUGCGUUUCUUUAAUUUUGGUGAUAUAUUGUGUACUGACCAGUCCAUUGUUACUGUUGGCCAUUGUGGCCAUUGCCGGACUCGGAUAUAUAGUGAUGUUGAAGAACGCCGAAAGUCCGCUUAAAUUGUUUGGCUAUAAGUUUUCAUUGGGUCAACAAUACCUGUUCCUUAUGAUCAUAUCGUUCCCAUUGUUUCAUUUGGCCGGUGCCGGUCAGGCUGUCUUCUGGGUGAUCGGCGCCUCCUUUUUCGUUAUCGGACUUCACGCCAGUCUAUAUGCCAUCGAAAUGCAGGAUACGAUUGAAAACCAACUCUUGAAUAAUCUUCAAAAUGUUUGAUAUCUGUUAUAAUUGACUAUAAAUUAGUGUACUUUUGUAUUGUUUUUUGUGAUUUGUUUUAAUAUUUAUCGGUAACGACACAAAUAAGUAUUUUGUGUAUAUCUCAUGUUAUUUGUAUUAUUGAUUUA